GGCCUCUCUUGGCCUCGCGCGACAGGCGGGCCUUCCGGCAUGGCCAGCUGGGUUUUCUGUAACCGCUGCUUCCAGCCUCCGCACCGGAAGUCGUCCUUCAGCCUGACCAGCUGCGGGCACGUGUACUGCGACGCCUGCCUCCGCCAAGGUAAAAAGAAUGAAUGCUUGAUCUGCCGAGCUCCUUGUCAUACAGUUUUACUCUCAAAACAGACCGACUCCAGUAUCCAGGCAUUGUUUCUGGGCAUAGAUGGUCUGUGUAAGAAGUACUCCCAGGAGACCUCUCAGAUUUCAGAAUUUCAAGAAAAACAUAGGAAGAGAUUGCUGGCCUUCUAUAGAGAAAAGAUUUCUCAUUUGGAGGAGUCCCUCAGGAAGUCGGUGCUACAAAUUGAGCAGCUACAAAGUAUGAGAUCAUCACAACAAGCAGCUUUCAGUACAAUGAAAAAUUCAGUUUCAACAAAGCCAAAUGGAUAUCUCAUGUUGCCACCCACCUCUUCGGUCCCUGACAGAAUAGGUUCAAUGGAAAUUGAGCUGACAACCCCAACAAGAAAACCUGAGAUGGCAGUGGGUCCUUCAAGAAUCUCUCUGAUCAGUCCACCUCAGGAUGGACGCAUGGGUAGUAUCACCUGCCGGGGACCCCAGCAUCUCAGCUCCACACCCAUCCCUGCAAGCGUGACAAAGACUCUCAGGGUCCCACCAAUACAGAUGUCCUACAAGGGAUUGUCGCCAGCUCCUGCAUCCCAGCUACCUAGCAGAACAACACAAACAGGCUCCCCCAGCCUCAGCAGUUCGUGGACCGGACCACCCCGGCAGCCCAUCAGCAUCUCUGGCCUGCUGCAGAGGCAGUGUGCAGGGUCAGCUUCUCCUGGGGGGUGGACGCUGGGAAGAUGAGCAAGUUCUUGGCUUCCUCACCUGCUGAUCUCCACUCUGCAGCGAACCCCUGGCAUGUAUGUGUUCGUCGGUGAAUAUCACUGUACAGUUCAUUCUUGAAAGGUGAUUAAGAAAUGUAACUGAAUAAAGCAGCUUUC